CACAAAAUUCACCCCAGCUGGCAGUUCCGGCUAUCACACUUGACCCGAGUUGGCAGCUCGCUCAGCUUGUACCACCAAAAAUUGCUUUUAGUGUCCUCCAAAAUUCGCACGUAAAACGCAUUAAACUGAUAACCGCGACAGCCGCGCAGAUACACCACACCCGCUCCUCCAAAGAAAAGUGAAGCAGCGAAAAAAAGGAAGCCAGCAGAGUUGCUGCCGAGGGAGAGUGGGAAAAUGACAAACCUGUGAAUCGCCUGACCAGUGCCUGGUGGGGGUGUCUCUCCCGCUCACCGUUCUCCGCUCUCCACCUCUUCUCUCUCUUCGCUCACCCCACCCCUCUCACUCUUUCGCUGGAAGGAGGGGGAUGGAUGGUUGAUGUUACGAGCGCAGCGCCGCAGUGAAUCACAUUCGGAAGAGCGUUACCAGAAGCCAGCGCAAUGUACCAGAGCGCCUGUCAAGCGGCCACCACGGGCUCCUGUGUCCCUGGAGCUAGCCAGCAGCCGGAUAACGAGCGGCAGUCGGCGCUGAUCGCCCAACAGCCCCCCACAGCGCCCGUGGAGCCCGAUUAUAGUGGCUUCGAUAUCGUUAAGGCCACGCAGUAUGGUGCCAUUGCCCGUGUCCGCGAGCUGGUCGAGUCCGGGUGGGAUGUUAAUCAGCCAGACAGCGAAACUGUCACGCUCCUCCACUGGGCGGCCAUUAAUAACCGCCGAGACAUCAUCCGGUACUUCCUGGAGAAGGGCGCCACCGUCGACGCCGUUGGUGGUGAGCUGAACGCCACUCCGCUGCACUGGGCUACCCGGCAGGGCCAUCUGGGCGCUGUCGUUCUACUGAUGGCCGCCGGAGCCGAUCCGAGGAUCAGGGAUGCCGAAGGCUGCUCCUGCAUACACAUCGCCGCUCAGUUUGCACACACCGCUCUGGUGGCCUACUUUAUAGCGAAGGGCGUGGACCCGGAUUUACAGGAUCGCGGCGGAAUGACGGCUCUUAUGUGGGCGGCAUGGAAGGUUUGCGCUCUGGAUCCUGUGCGCUUGCUGCUAACCCUUGGAGCCAAUCCCGCCAUGGUUGAUUAUACGCAUGGAAACACGGCCCUGCAUUGGGCCAUCUUGGCCAGGAAUGCCACGGCCAUUUCCACGCUGGUGCUCAAGUCGAAGGCUUCGCUGGAUGUGCCCAAUCUGCGGGGCGAAACGCCCCUCUCCAUGCUGGAGUCCCAAACGGGAGCCAUUUGGAUAGGAGCCAAGGUCAUGGAUCGAGUGAAAGAAGCGGCGCUGACCUCGCUGCAACGGCGCUCGCUAGUAUCCAAGCUGCGCCACGAUAAACGCCUGAGAUGGUGGUCGAUGGUGGCCUGCCCCUUUACCGCCUUCUAUUUGGCGGGAAUCAUUUUCACCGUGAACACACUGUACAUCAUCAAGUUUUUCCUGCUGGGCGUCCUAUACGCCAUAUUCCAUUCGAUUGGCAAAACCCUGUUCGAUGAGCACCUUAUGGCCCUGCUGCCGCUGAGCGUUUACCUGGCCACCAAGGCCUGGUUCUAUGUCACCUGGCUGAUGUACAUUAAUGAAGCUGUUUCCUUUACGGCCACCGUUCUCUUCCUGAUCUCCUCGCUGGCCCUGUGGGUGUGCUUCCUCAAGUCGUGGAAGGGAGAUCCAGGCAUCAUCCGACCCACCAGGGAGCAGCGAUUCAAGACCAUCAUUGAGUUGUCGGAACGAGGUGGGAUUGGUUUUGAGCCCGCCUCCUUCUGCUCCGGCUGCCUGGUGCGCCGGCCCAUUCGCUCCAAGCACUGCUCCGUGUGCGAUCGUUGUGUGGCGAGGUUCGACCACCACUGCCCCUGGGUGGGCAACUGCAUUGGGCUGAAGAAUCACAGCUACUUCAUGGGCUUCCUCUGGAUGCUGUUGAUUAUGUGCGCCUGGAUGCUCUACGGCGGCUCCAAGUACUAUGUGAAUCAGUGCAAUGUGGGAUUUGAUGAUUUCCUUGGUGCCAUGCGGGCCAUUGGCAACUGUGACGCCUGGGUGGGUUGGGUGAUGGGCAACGCCCUGCUGCACAUGUCCUGGGUGAUCCUGCUGACCAUCUGUCAGACCUAUCAAGUGAUUUGCCUGGGCAUGACCACCAACGAGCGAAUGAAUCGCGGACGCUAUCGCCACUUCCAGGCCAAGGGCGGCCACAGUCCAUUCACGCGAGGUCCCUUCCAGAACCUGGUGGACUUCCUUGAGUGCAGCUGCUUCGGAUUGGUGCAGCCGCGGCGGGUGGACUGGAUGAACUACUACGACUACGACGCCCAGACGCAUCAGACCAUCGAGAAGGAGCCCCUGUUGAGCGUGGACUGCCCAGACGGAAUGAGUGGCGGCGACCAUCAGUAUGUGUAGGAUAAGUCUUAUCGGGAUGCGAAGACGCUUCAGAUGCCCAUAGCGCAUGUUUAACAACAAGGACAGCCGCUUUAGCUUCUUCCCAGGCCCCUUUCCCGUUUUAUUUCCCCGCUGAUUUGCUGCUAAUGAGUUACAUAUUCGCAAGGGGGGGUUAUACCCACACAACCAAGACAGAAGCGUCAUUGCUGACCGAUAUCGGAUAUGGGACGGAUAGCUGGACCGUCACAUACAUACGUACAUACUUACUAUGCAUGUAUUACUUGUAAUUACUCUGUACAUUUCUGCGUAUUUCUUACACUUAACUCGAUCACUUCGAUCAUAAGCCGAAAGUACACACGAAACCCGUAUCCCGGUACCCUGUUUGUCCCUUUAAAAAGUAUUUGUAUACCAAAAACAUAAGCAUAUACAUAAAUGCAAAAAAAAAAAAAAAAAACGUAAGCAAAUGAACACCGAUCAAAUUUUCUAAUGCAACCGAAAUAAUCAAAACGAGAGGAGAGCUCGUUGCAAGCGUGCAAUAUACAUACAUAUAUUCAAGAUUCCCAUAUUAUUCACCCUCUGAGAUAAUAUUAACAAAUUGUAAAGCGCACACGAAAAAGUGGUCGAGGUUUGUCCUAGGCGGUGAGCAUUACACUUUAGAGUAAGAAUAUAUCAAGUAUUAGUGAAGACUCGGUGGAUUCCGUAGCCUUCACGUACGUACUCCUUCUAGACGCUGACUACUCUGCUCUCUCUAGGAUCGACAUCAGGGACAAGAACACACGAAAAAGGCUCUCCUUAAAGACAAACAAAUUAACCAAUUGAUCCCAAACACUAGCAAUACUUAAAAAAAAGUCUUUCUAAUGACAAGAUGCGUAACGGCCAUACACUCUACGUUCAAUUCAACAAUUCAAAUGAACAAAAAUCGUAUGGUGUUGCUCAUCUUGUCGUUAUAAGGACUUUGCUUAAACAAAUAAAAAAAUAAUUAAUUCUAAAUGCGAUCCAAUUCUAAUUAAUGCACUAGUCUAGUCAGAAAUCAUUUAAGUAAGGAAAUGUUAAAGUGCAGCCACAAAGCAAACUUGAUAAAUAAAUUGCAUAUUUACAUAUAGCUAUGAAAUGGUAUAUUUAUAAUGUAAAGGAAUUUUCAGCAACCUGAACGAGAUCAAGGAGAAACGAAGAAAUGUUUGUAAUUGAAAACACGUUACUUAAAUGCAUUUAAAAAUAUUUAAAUUCAAACGAAAUCUACAAAACCAAUCUUAAUAUCGAAGAAUCGCUAAGCAAACCACACUUUCAACUACUGAUACAUAACGAAAUAUUAAUAAAGCCCACACUCAGACACCACUUUUUCGAUGUAUUUUGUAUUUGAGAUUAUACAAACUUGAUAACGAGGCGAGGCUAGCGAGAUUUGCUAAGAAAGUUAUAUAUAGUUGUUUCAAAUCCAUUUUGUAUAUUCCUUUCGCGCGCAAAAAGCUUUCAAAAGACUAACCCGAACAAGAAGAACGAGAUCUAAACAAGCGAGCAUGUUCAAUAAAAUAUAUAAUAAUUAAAUAAUUAAGUGUUUUUUGGCCUAUUUAACGAUGAAUACCAAGCAAAAAUCAACCCCAUUGCCUACAUCUUUAGUUUAGCGGCUAAGUUCAAGACAAAUAUAUAUAUAUAUUUAACUAAAGAUAUAUAAUAAUGAAUGUAUUAAAUAGUGUGUAGAAAAACGAUGGAAGUUGUGAGCUCGACAAGAGGUGUCUGUCUGUCUGUAUGUAUGUGUAACAAUGUGAGUUAAACAACAAAUUUGAAUAAUAAAUAGAACACUUUAUUCCGAAUUCAAAAA